UCGUUUUCACCAAAUUCCAACCUUAAUUUUUGAAGCCCUGUUGUUCUUCAAGGAGUCGAAGUUGAUCCCUGAUUUCUUUUUCAAGGGACCAAAAGCAUGGAGAGUUAAUACAAGACUGUGCAUCUAGUAAUAGAUUUUCCAGUUCAAUGAGAUCACCAAAGACUUGUUUGUUCCAUUUUCUUAGAGAAAAACUUGUAGUUUUAAGUUUACAAAUCAAUUUAUAAGUUGAGGAUCCUUUAACAAUGGUAUUCCAAGCAGUUUCAGUUACUUCCCUACAUUGCGGGUGCAAGGCCCACUCCACAUAGCUCAAACCAAUAAGGUCUUGGUUGGUAGGGGAGCUUUCUAUUAGUUGAAACUACCAUAGGUCCAUGACCAGAAUGGAUGAUAGGUAGGUUAAGACUAAUCUAGUCUAUCGCAAAUUUUUUUUCAUGUAGUUUUGGUCGGCCAUAAAUGCAAGUAAGCCAAGUUUUGAAAGAGUGCUCCUCCAAGUAGAAAAACAUCAAAUUUUUGUUACUGGCAAUUACGCUGCAUUUAACAAUUGUCCGCCACAUAAUCAGGGUACCACCAUUACAAUUGGUGAUGAGCUCCAAACCUUUUUUUUCAACCAUUCUGUUUCUUUUUAUUUAUUUAUUUAUUUAUUUAAAAGAGAUUUUUUUAUUAUUUAAUUCCAGUUUUCAUGGAUUUAUUUAAACACUAAAAAUAAUAUGAAAACAUGUUAUAAUCCUUCAGUAACAUUUCAUCCAACAACUUCACCAAAAUUUUAGACAGAGAAAGUUUUGGCAUAUAUUGCUAAUUUGGCCACAAAUUUAUCGGAGCAAAAGAAAAUUGCCUUUGGGUUUGGAGACAAAAAAAGUUAUCAUUAUUUUUUUCCGUUGGUGUCUAAAGCCUUUGCUAUUCGGAGUCUUCGAAUCCAAUCGACGUAUUAGUGGAAAAGGAUCAGUGCUCCUUCUAGUUCAAUAGGUGGGUUUGGCCACUGCUGCUUUUCGGUGGGAUACAAUGAGCUUCACAGGUCCUUCUAUUGGUUCUGGUGGUAGAAGGGAGGCACUUGAAUUUGGAAGAACUCAUGUGGUUAGGCCCAAAGGUAGGCACCAAGCAACCGUAGUUUGGUUACAUGGCCUUGGUGAUAAUGGUUCAAGCUGGUCCCAGCUUCUGGAGACCCUCCCUCUUCCGAAUAUUAAAUGGAUAUGCCCAACUGCUCCUACUCGACCAAUAACUUUAUUUGGUGGCUUUCCAACAACUGCUUGGUUCGAUGUGGGAGAACUUUCAGAAGAUGCUCCUGAUGAUGUAGAGGGUUUGGAGGCUGCUGCUGGACAUGUUGCAAAUUUGUUGUCAAUAGAGCCUGCUGACAUUAAACUUGGUAUUGGAGGGUUUAGUAUGGGUGCAGCAACCUCUCUAUACUUUGCAACCUGUUUUAUUCAUGGAAAAUAUGAAAAUGGCGAUCUGUAUCCUGCCAAUUUGAGUGCAGUUGUAGGUCUUAGUGGAUGGCUUCCAUGUUCAAAGAAUUUGAAAGCCAAAAUAGAAAGACAUGAUGAGGUUGCUAGACGCGUUGCAUCCUUGCCCAUUUUGCUAUGCGAUGGAAAAGGAGAUGAUGUGGUUCCAUAUAAAUUUGGUGAGAAAUCUGCUUUGGCACUGAGUUCAAAUGGAUUUGAGAACAUGACUUUCAAAUCUUACAAUGGGCUUGGUCACUAUACAAUCCCAGAGGAGAUGGAAGAGGUCUGCACUUGAUUAACAUCAAAAUGGGGCUUGACAGUCGAUGAGCUUAAGGAUAGAUGUGUUGCAUUUUUUAGGCGAAAUCGUGGUGGUUAUGGGUGUAAAAAAUAAUUUGCAUUACCUAGCUUGUAGUUCAAUAUUUUGCUUAAUUAUUGGUCAUGGAUGGAACAAGACAAAAUUAUUAGCUCCUUUGCUCAUUAACUUUUGUAGUUUGGAUUUAUUAUUAAACGGAAUGUUAUCUAUAACAUAAA